AUGCCGAGUCAAGAACAUUUAAAUUUUAUAAAUAAAUUAAAUGAUUCAAAAAUUCCGCGACAAAAUCAAUUAAUUGCUAAUCGUUUAUUUAUGAAAAAUUUUCCUCGUGAAACAACUGGUGCUGAAAUUGAACAUUGUUUUCAAACAUUUGGUCCUGUACAUGAUGUGAAAAUAAUUGCAAAAGAAAAUACGUAUGUUUUAAAUUAUUUACAAAUGAGUAAAACAAAAAAAAAACAAAUAUGUACGAUUUCUAUCGAAUUUCA